AAAUCUCUAGGCCCUUAGAGUGACAGGAAUUCAACAGCAGGUUUUGGCUCUGAUGUGGACCCCUUUGGGGGCGACAUGAGGCCGACCUGGGUCGCAGCACGGCAUGGAUGGCGCUGCCUUGGCGCUUAGGAGGUGCUUGCAGAGAGCCUUUCCAAAAUGGCUGAGGAGUUGCACGAUCCUGGCAGUAGCUUGUGUCCGUUUGGCUUGGUAGCCCUACCACAUCCGCCUUAUGCAGGCUCGUGAGCAGCAUGGAGUGUCAUUCCACGAGAGAAUUGUUUGUGCUCCACAUGGCGAAGGAAAGCGGCCCACGCUGGCACAGGCAAUGGAAAGAGGCGUUGACGAUCCUUGAGAAGCUUCCGGAGCUGCGCCGUGACAGCAUCUACAGGAUCAUCAGCGCCCAGGAAACAGGUCGACAAUGGACAGUCGCGGCUUGUGUGCUCACUCACUUGAGAAUAUGCAGCAUCCAACAGGAGAUGGCCACCAUGCUCCCAGCCAUCAGUGUAUUUGGGAGGUGCUAUUUGUGGACGAUGGCCGUGCAAACGUUACGAGGAGCACAAAUGAGGCACUUGGAAGCAACAGCACUGUCAUACAACGCUGUAGUGUCAGCCAGUGGGAGGGAUCCCAACACUGCCUGGAUGCAAUGCUUGGGCAUGUUAUCCGAAUUUGCCGACAGAGAACUACAAUGGACAACGGCUUCUGUAAAUUCAGCAAUAACUGGCUGUGGCAGGUUGCAGGGUUGGCAACAAGCUUUGCAUUUGCUUCAGGAAGUGCAGAAUCGCAGUUUUCUGACGAACACAAUCACCGCCGGCGCAGCUAUAAGUGCUUGUGAUUCGAGUGCACAAUGGCAGGUGGCGCUGCUUUUUGCAAAAGCUCUUCAGGAAUCAACGCUGCAGCAUGGCCUCACGGCAUACAGUGCAGCCGUCAGUGCAUAUGCGACAAGUGGGAAGUGGCUGUUGUCCCUGGAGCAGCUGUUUCAACUGAAACAGUUGAAUUUAGUGCCCACCGUUAUUGCACCCAGUGCGGCGAUCAGUGCUUGUGAGAAAUGCAAGCAAUGGUCGACGGCACUGAGUAUGUUCAAACAACUGCAAGCAAGGAACAUACAUGAUUUGAUCAUGUAUGCUGCGGCUAUUCGUGCUUGCGAGAAGGGCAAGCAGUGGCAGUUUGCACUUGGCCUUUUUGCUGAAUGUGAACUGGAAAGAACACUGUUAGGCUCCAAUGUUUACAAUGCUGCAAUCAGUGCAUGCGAGAAAUGCAGCGAAUGGGAAAGAGCAAUUCUCCUGUUUUCUAAGCUCGGCGUGCAGCGUUUGAGGUAUGACAUCAUCACAUACAAUGCGUCAAGCCGUUCAUUUAUUGAGGGUUUUCAAGGAAACAGUCCAGGAAACAGUACUGCCAAUCAAACAAUAGCUAUUGUCAAAAUAGAGUUUGGAAACGAUAAGUAGGUCCGGUCUGAAUGUUUGACGGGACUCCAGUUAUCUUCCAAGAACGUGGCCUAGGCUUCUGCUUUUUCAGAGUGCAAUUGUGUGGCCCAGCGUCUCAUCAAUCUCAGGCUGCCAUUAGUGCCUGUGGCAAUGGUGACCAGUGGGAAUUUGCGUUGGCAUUAUUCCAAGAAUGUGAGUUCAACAGCGUGGAACGGUCAGUGGUAACCUAUGCUGCCAGCAUCUCUGCAUGUGAAUCUUGUGGGCUUUGGGACCUGGCGCUUGAUUUGUUUUGGGCGUGUCAGAGAUCUGGCUUGCAGCAAAGUCUAGUUUUGUACAAUGCAACUAUGAGUGCUUGUGAGAAGGUUGGGCGAUGGGAAAUGGCACUUGGUAUGAUGUCAGAACUGCACGACGUUGGCUUUCAAGCUAACAGCAUCACAUGCAACGCUGCUCUAAGUGCCUGCGAGAAGGGCAAUCAAUGGCAACGUGCCCUUGUUUUGUUUCAGAUGCUGAAAACCAGUGGUCAGGGGACAUUUGUGACUCAUUGUGCCGCUUUAGGUGCCUGUGCAGAAGGAAUUCAAUGGCUGUUGGCCUUGCAAGUACUUGGCAAUAUGAGAGAAGUGCAGAUGCAUUCUUUGGUUGCGUCAUGCAUGGCAGCACAUGCUUGCGAAUUUAAUUUUCAAACUAGUAAAUUUAGAAUGGUUUUGGCCAUAUUGGAAACCGAUCUAUUAGAAUUGUUAAAUGAAAAUAUAAUUUAAUUGAUGGUAAUUCAAUAUUUCUC